GGAAAAGUAGUGCGAGCAGCCCUUUCCCGCCGCGCCGCCGCUGGUGCCGCGCCGUCUCGCAGCUGUCCCCGCUGAGGCCGCCGCGGCUCUGCCUCCUGCCCGCGGCCGGCGGAGGCCGGGAGGCCGAGGGGAGCAGGCCGGCGCGCGGAUCCCUCCGCCUGCAGUAUCGGUGCUGCGGCCGCGCCGCCGCCAUUUUGAAUGCCUGGCUCCUGCCGCUGCCGCUUCCUCCGCUGCAGGGACCGGCCCGAGGAUGCCAGCCCCCAUCAGACUGCGGGAGUUGAUCCGGACCAUCCGGACAGCAAGAACCCAGGCAGAAGAGCGUGAGAUGAUCCAAAAGGAAUGUGCUGCUAUCCGGUCAUCCUUCCGAGAGGAAGAUAACACAUACCGAUGCAGAAAUGUGGCAAAGCUGCUGUAUAUGCACAUGCUGGGAUAUCCUGCACAUUUUGGACAGUUGGAGUGCCUCAAGCUCAUUGCCUCUCAGAAAUUCACAGACAAGCGCAUUGGGUAUUUAGGUGCCAUGUUGCUGCUGGAUGAGAGACAGGAUGUCCAUCUUCUUAUGACCAAUUGCAUCAAGAAUGACCUUAAUCACAGCACGCAGUAUGUGCAGGGGCUGGCACUCUGCACUCUUGGCUGCAUGGGCUCCUCAGAAAUGUGCAGAGACCUUGCAGGAGAAGUGGAAAAGCUCCUCAAAACUUCCAACUCCUAUCUUAGGAAGAAGGCAGCAUUGUGUGCUGUUCAUGUCAUUAGAAAGGUGCCUGAACUCAUGGAGAUGUUCCUGCCAGCCACCAAAAACUUGCUGAAUGAGAAGAACCAUGGUGUUCUUCACACAUCAGUUGUCCUCCUCACAGAGAUGUGUGAGAGAAGCCCAGACAUGCUUGCACACUUUAGAAAGCUUGUUCCCCAAUUAGUUCGUAUUCUGAAGAACCUUAUCAUGUCUGGAUAUUCACCAGAGCAUGACGUGUCUGGGAUCAGUGACCCCUUUUUGCAGGUACGAAUCCUGCGGUUACUAAGAAUUUUAGGGCGAAAUGAUGAUGAUUCAAGUGAAGCGAUGAAUGAUAUACUUGCACAGGUUGCCACUAAUACAGAAACAAGUAAAAACGUGGGAAAUGCCAUUCUCUAUGAAACUGUGCUGACUAUUAUGGACAUAAAAUCUGAGAGUGGACUUAGAGUGUUAGCCAUUAACAUCCUAGGCCGUUUCUUAUUAAACAACGACAAAAAUAUUAGAUAUGUAGCUUUGACGUCAUUGUUGAAAACUGUGCAGACAGACCAUAAUGCAGUACAGCGGCAUAGAAGCACGAUUGUGGACUGCCUGAAGGAUCUGGAUGUCUCCAUUAAAAGGCGUGCGAUGGAACUGAGUUUUGCUCUUGUUAAUGGGAACAAUGUCCGUGGAAUGAUGAAGGAGUUGCUGUAUUUCCUAGAUUCCUGUGAACCAGAAUUCAAGGCAGACUGUGCAUCUGGAAUAUUUCUUGCAGCUGAAAAGUAUGCUCCUUCCAAACGCUGGCACAUAGACACAAUUAUGAGAGUCUUAACAACGGCAGGAAGUUAUGUUCGUGAUGAUGCUGUUCCCAAUCUGAUUCAGCUAAUAACUAAUAGUGUGGAGAUGCAUGCCUACACUGUGCAGAGACUCUACAAAGCCAUCCUUGGUGAUUACUCCCAGCAGCCCCUGGUGCAAGUGGCCUCUUGGUGCAUAGGAGAGUAUGGAGAUCUUCUGGUGUCUGGUCAGUGUGAAGAGGAGGAACCAAUACAGGUAACAGAGGAUGAAGUUCUUGAUAUUUUAGAAAGCGUCCUGAUAUCUAAUAUGUCUGCAUCUGUUACACGAGGCUAUGCUCUCACUGCCAUCAUGAAGCUUUCCACAAGGUUCACCUGCACUGUCAAUCGCAUCAAGAAGGUAGUUUCCAUUUAUGGCAGCAGCAUUGAUGUGGAGCUACAGCAGAGGGCAGUGGAAUAUAAUGCACUUUUCAAGAAAUAUGACCACAUGAGGCCAGCCCUGCUUGAGAGAAUGCCAGUAAUGGAGAAAGUCACCACAAAUGGCCCUACUGAGAUUGUACAGACCAACGGCGAGACAGAGCCAGCGGUACUGGAAACCAAACCUCCACCCUCUGGAUUGCAGCCUGCUAGCCAGGCAAAUGAUUUGUUGGACUUGUUGGGGGGAAGUGAUAUAACACCUGUAAUCCCCACUGCACCUACAAGCAAGCCAGCUUCUGCUGGUGGGGAGCUCCUUGAUCUUCUGGGAGACCUCAACCUAACAGGUUCUCCAGUAUCUGCCCCUGCGCCCCAGAUAGCACAGCCUCCGUUCCUGCUUGAUGGACUUUCAUCACAGCCUCUCUUCAAUGAUAUUGCUGCAGGAAUCCCUUCAAUUACUGCAUACAACAAGAACGGGCUGAAGAUCGACUUUACCUUUGAGAGGUCAAACACCAACCCUAGCGUCACUGUAAUUACGAUACAGGCCUCCAACAGCACAGAGCUGGAUAUGACAGAUUUUGUUUUCCAAGCUGCAGUACCAAAGACAUUCCAGCUGCAGCUCCUAUCUCCCAGCAGCAGUGUCAUCCCUGCAUUUAACUCGGGGACCAUCACACAGGUCAUUAAAGUCCUGAAUCCACAAAAGCAACAACUACGUAUGCGGAUCAAGUUGACAUAUAAUCACAAGGGCUCAGCAAUGCAGGAUCUAGCAGAAGUCAACAACUUCCCCCCUCAGUCUUGGCAGUGAGGCUCUGGCACCAUUCUUAAUCUCACCCCACCCAAUCAAAAGAACUCUGGGAAGAAGGUUGUGAUCCUUGGCAAUCCCCCAAACUGCACCAUGGGCAUGGGGAACAGAUGAGACCUGCUGAUGAGGAGGAAUUUUCCUGAAGUGAUUGCUGACUUUGAAGCAUAUCUGUUAAGACUAAUCUCCUCUCCUCCGCUGAUGAGGCUGGCGGCUUGUGGAGGCUACUGUGCACUCCCUCACACAUGCAUUCACAGCCAGAAGCAACAUUCCCUUCUCCCCUCCCUUCCUCCCCCUCCCCCCCAGCAAAGAAACACAGCCUGGUUAGAAGAGAAGUCUGGAAUUUCUAGCAGGGAAACUUUUCUUCUCUCUGCAGCAAGUGAACAGCUGCCCCUUCUUUCUGCUGUCUUUUUUUCCUUGGGGUGGGCAAGGUGUGUUGUCAUUCAUUACUAGCUGGAUUCCUUCAGGCACUUUCAUAUGGGGCUCAGACUGGGGACCUGGAGAAUGUCAGGCUGCCCUGCUUCUUUCUUCUUGUAUCCCCUAUGUCUGAAGGGGCUGGAGGCUUCUUAUGAGCCUAUUCAGUGCAUUAUUGUAUACACCCACCUCUUAGUUAUGCGAUACAUACCAAGAGCAAGUUGGGCCUUGGGAGUUCAUCUGCGAACCUGGGACAGUGCAGGAAAAGAGGUGCCGGUGGGAGCUGAUAAAAUUGCUUUGGUGCUGUACUUGGAAAUGAAGACCUUACACUUGAAUUUUCUUUCUUUCCAUCAAUAGCUUACAGCCAUGCAGAUUCACAGGCAGUCUUCUGUACCUUCCCCAGAAAGUGUGGUGAUGUAUGAGAGAUGUAGAGAUCCAAGGAGAGCUGGCUUUCUACCACAGACGGUUUCAAAGCCUUUUAACCCAUUAGUUGUGGUUUAUGGGUAGAAAAGACAUAUUCAAUUUUGUAGAUCAGUCUUUGAGGGCUCUGUUCCUGCUGGGAGACUCAUCAGAGACUAUGCUGCAAAGUUGCUCUUCCCAGUUAUUCCAGACCUUCUCCCCAAUUUAAUUUCCAGAGCCUGUUGUAGACCCCCAGGAUUCCAUUUGAGUUACUUCUGACUGGGAUAUUUGUGUUGUAUCUGUAAUAUUGGCACUGAAAUAAAGACCAUGCGGUUUAAAGAGA